UCUCAAAACACCGCCUCUCCUCGCUCGCAGAUGGACAAGCUUUGCAGCAAAAUAACCACGUGAUAUGAAACAUAUCACAAUCCAUCACACGGACGCUCAGGUAGGGCCUCAGAUGGCUACUGCUGUUUGUGGCGAAUUUGCAGUCGGUACAUGAUAUACAGUUUUGACAAAUCGUAUAAUGUCGUUUGCAAUCUAUAAAUCUCUAUGCACGUAAUAAGUGCAUAAUUAAAUGUUUUAGAGAUUAGGUCGAAUAAAUAGCUGUAUCUGAUGUGCAGACUGGUUAACAAGCUCUCUAUUUAAGGUGCUAACCAUUUACAUGGGGCCGUGUCGGUAGUUGUAGCCAGUUAGCUAGCCGUGCCAGGUAGGUUGCCCAGACGUCAUCAGAGUAGAAUUUUCGCCAUGGUUUUUAAAGAUCGGAGGUAAAUCUGGAGACAUUAUUUCCUGGGCCAAUUGCCACGGCUCUUGGUGUCCACUUAGCGCUCAAGAUAGAAAAUAGAUUAAGUCCGCUGAUGUCCGCCCGAAGAUGCUCGGGGGUCUCGGGUGUGGGUGGAGGCGCCGUGUCUCCAGGAAUUGAAGUAACCGGGGCAGGGGAGCCGACGAGGGAACUCUUCGAGGCCUGCAGGAACGGCGAUUUGGAGCGAGUGAAGAAGCUGAUCACCCCGGAGAAUGUAAACAGCAGAGACACGGCUGGGAGGAAAUCGACUCCUCUGCAUUUCGCUGCAGGCUUUGGCCGUAGGGAUGUGGUGGACUACCUGCUGCAGAACGGGGCGAACGUGCAUGCCCGGGAUGACGGAGGGCUCAUCUCCCUGCACAACGCCUGUUCAUUCGGCCACGCUGAGGUGGUAAACCUGCUCCUCCACCACGGGGCUGACGCCAACUCCAGGGACAACUGGAACUACACUCCGCUUCACGAAGCUGCCAUCAAGGGCAAGAUCGACGUCUGCAUAGUGCUGCUGCAGCAUGGGGCCGAGCCAACAAUCCGAAACACAGACGGAAGAACCGCUCUGGACCUGGCUGAGCCCGCCACAAAAUCUGUGCUGACGGGUGAAUACAGAAAAGAUGACCUCCUUGAGAGUGCAAGGAGUGGGAAUGAAGAAAAAUUGAUGGCCCUUCUUACGCCCCUAAAUGUUAACUGUCACGCCAGUGAUGGAAGGAAGUCCACCCCGCUGCAUCUGGCCGCCGGCUACAACCGGGUGAAGACGGUGCAGCUGCUGCUGCAGCAUGGAGCCGACGUGCACGCCAAAGACAAAGGUGACCUGGUGCCCCUGCACAACGCCUGCUCCUACGGACAUUACGAAGUGACCGAGUUACUCGUGAAGCAUGGAGCCUGCGUCAACGCCAUGGACCUGUGGCAGUUCACCCCGCUGCACGAGGCCUCCUCCAAGAACCGGGUGGAGGUGUGCUCCCUGUUGCUCAGCUACGGCGCCGACCCCACCUUCCUCAACUGCCACAACAAGAGCGCCAUCGACCUGGCGCCCACCGCGCCGCUGAAGGAGCGCCUGGCAUACGAGUUCAGGGGCCACGCCCUGCUGCAGGCCGCGAGAGAGGCGGACCUCGCGCGCAUGAAGAAGCACCUCUCCCUGGAGACCAUCAGCUUCAGGCACCCGCACACCCACGAGACCGCACUGCACUGCGCGGCCACGUCUCCUUACCCUAAGAGGAAACAAGUGUGCGAGUUACUGCUGAGGAAAGGAGCCAAUGUGAACGAGAAGACCAAAGACUUCUUGACGCCCCUGCACCUGGCUUCCGAGAAGUCCCACAACAACGUCAUCGAAGUGCUGGUGAAGCACGAGGCCAAAGUGAACGCCCUGGACAACCUGGGCCAGACGGCCCUGCACCGGGCGGCCCACUGCGGCCACCUCCAGACCUGCCGGCUCCUCCUGAGCUCGGGCUGCGACCCCCUCAUCACGUCCCUGCAGGGCUUCUCCCCCUCGCAGCUGGGCAACGAGAGCGUCCAGGAGAUCCUGCAGCAGGGAGCGUUCGCCAGGAACUCGGACACCGAUCGGCAGCUGCUGGAGGCCUCGAAAUCUGGAGACUUGGACAUCGUCAAGCGGCUGUGCACGCUCCAGAACGUCAACUGCAGGGAUGUGGAGGGGCGACAGUCCACCCCCCUGCAUUUCGCGGCGGGGUACAACCGCGUGGCGGUGGUGGAGUUCCUGCUUCAGCACGGCGCGGACGUCCACGCUAAGGACAAAGGCGGCCUGGUCCCCUUGCACAACGCCUGCUCCUACGGUCACUACGAGGUGGCGGAGCUGCUGGUCAUUCACGGCGCCGUGGUCAACGUGGCGGACCUGUGGAAGUUCACCCCCCUGCACGAGGCCGCCGCCAAGGGGAAAUACGAGAUCUGCAAACUGCUGCUGCAGCACGGCGCCGACCCGACCAAAAAGAACCGGGACGGGAACACCCCGCUGGACCUGGUGAAGGACGGGGACACGGACAUCCAGGACCUGCUGAGGGGCGACGCGGCGCUGCUGGACGCCGCCAAAAAGGGCUGCCUGGCCCGCGUCAAGAAGCUGUGCCGGCCCGACAACGUCAACUGCAGGGACACGCAGGGCCGUCACUCCACCCCGCUGCACCUGGCAGCCGGCUAUAACAACCUGGAGGUGGCGGAGUACCUGCUGCAGCACGGAGCGGAGGUCAACUCGCAGGACAAGGGGGGCCUCAUCCCCCUGCACAACGCCGCCUCGUACGGGCAUGUGGACGUGGCGGCUUUGCUCAUCAAGUACGACGCAUGCGUGAACGCCACCGAUAAGUGGGCGUUCACCCCGCUGCACGAGGCCGCCCAGAAGGGAAGGACCCAGCUGUGCGCCCUUCUGCUGGCGCACGGGGCCGACCCCACCCUCCGAAACCAGGAGGGCCAGUCGCCGCUGGACCUAGUGACGGCCGACGACGUCCGCGCCUUGCUGACCGCGGCCAUGCCCCCCUCCGCGCUGCCCUCCUGCUACAAGCCGCAGGUCAUCAGCGUCUCCGCCUCCACGGGCGUGGCCCCCUCCGCCCUUUCGGCCGGCCCCGCCCCCCUGCCCUCCUCCAGCGCCAUCGACAGCCAGGCGGGGGGCUUUCCGGAGCUCCUCCCCCUCCUCGCACCGUCUGGGGCCGAGGGGCCAGUCGACAAGAAAGAAGAGGUUCCAGGGGUUGACUUGAGUAUCAGUCAGUUCCUCCACAACCUGGGCCUGGAGCACCUUUUAGAGAUCUUUGAACGAGAGCAAAUCACCCUGGACGUGCUGGUGGAGAUGGGACACAAAGAGCUGAAGGAGAUCGGCAUCAACGCCUACGGGCACCGGCACAAAAUCAUCAAGGGGGUGGAAAGGCUGAUCGCGGGACCGCAAAGUCUGAACCCUUACCUAACUCUGAACACCGCUAACAGUGGAACCAUUCUGAUCGACCUGGCCACAGACGACAAGGAGUUCCAGUCCGUGGAAGAAGAGAUGCAGAGCACCAUCCGAGAGCACAGAGAUGGCGGCCAUGCGGGGGGUGUUUUUAACAGAUACAACAUUUUAAAGAUACAGAAAGUGUGCAAUAAGAAGAUGUGGGAAAGAUAUACUCAUCGCAGGAAGGAAGUAUCUGAAGAGAAUCAUAAUCAUUCCAACGAGCGAAUGCUGUUCCAUGGUUCUCCGUUCGUGAACGCCAUCAUCCACAAGGGUUUCGACGAGAGGCACGCGUACAUAGGAGGCAUGUUCGGAGCCGGGAUCUACUUCGCGGAGAACUCCUCGAAGAGCAAUCAGUACGUCUACGGGAUAGGAGGGGGCACGGGGUGCCCCCUGCACAAAGACCGCUCCUGCUACGUCUGCCAGAGGCACCUGCUGUUUUGCCGCGUGACCCUCGGAAAGUCCUUCCUCCAGUUCAGCGCCAUGAAGAUGGCCCACUCCCCGCCCGGGCACCACUCCGUCACUGGCAGGCCCAGCGUCAACGGACUGGCCCUGGCGGAGUACGUCAUCUACAGAGGAGAACAGGCCUAUCCAGAAUAUUUGAUAACGUAUCAAAUAAUUCGACCUGAGGGGGCUGCAGAUGGAUAAAUUCAGAGGUCAAAGGUCAGCAAUCAGCUCUGGACCAACCCUGUUCAGUUUGUCACAUGAGCAUUAUGAGAUGGAACCACGGCUGUAGUUAUUGCAUGUGGAGAUAUUUAUACAGUGUAUAAAGUUUCUCUUUUCAAUCAUUUUUUUUUUUUUUUUAACUGUUUAUGAUUCCUUCCCCUUUCCAAUUUGGCUGUAUAUGGAACUGCGUGAUUUAAUGAUUUUGUGAUUUUUAUUUAUUGUUUAUUUUGUUGGCUUGUUCUAAUGUCCAUAUUUGGAAAAGAGUGUUGUUUGCACCGUAUUUGACUUCUAAUUCUGUAAUGGGAAAGCUGGUGGAGAGCAAAGCACAGCUAAGAUUUGAAUUAUUUAUUUUAUGAAGCUGUUGUGUAUAUAUAUUUUUUGUACUAGCAUGUUAAUUUAUUUGCCUUUGUAUUAUAAGAAUAAUACAUCUUAAUGUUAACUGAACAGAGUAAUUUCUCCUCUGAAUCAGCAGUUGAAAAGAAUGAAUCCCUUUUCAGCAAUUGCUGAGAUGAAAUAGCCAGCUGUGCUGUGUUUGGUGCAGGGUCUCUCUGUGUUUGUAACCGUGGUAUUUUCAUUCAUAAUUAGAUGAGGAGUGGAGAGAGAAAACAGACAGCACUCUGUUGAAUGUCUUAUCAGUCUGUUACGGUAACCAAGGUGAUCUUAUCUGCAGAAAUUUGCUUGGUGAAUAAGCAUUGUAAAUGUUUCAGAACACAGGAAAAAAAGUUAAAAAGAAAUGCCUCAGACAUUUUUUUCAGAUUGACCCAUGAAAAAAAUUUGUUUUAAGUUAACAAGCUUGGAAAUUGAUUUUUUUAUAUACAGUACACUCAUUUGAAGGUUGAGUUGUCUGCAGUGCAAAUAAUGUAGCUAACUGGUAUGUGACUGACUUUUGUUAUGGAAGAUAUUGUUGGAUGCACUGUUUUGAGUUUGUCAGAAAUAACGUGAACUUGACUAUGGUAUCAUUGCAGAAUGUUUCUGAAGCACUUGUUCUUUGUGCAUGGUAUUCCUGUCAUGUUCAAUCUUGUGAUGUCAUAUAUGGAAAGUAUCUGUUUAACACUACUUCAGUAUCGUGGUAAAUUUAUGGGAAAUUCUCUUCAACCCCUGUGGCAACCAAAUAAAAGAAAUAAUAUAUUA